GGCACCGACCCCGACUAUAUUAUAUCUAGACCGCUCUCAUCUCGACUUGGGAACGAACAGGGGCCCCAGGCCAGCCAAAGGUCGAAGCAGCCGGAUGAGGCGGGCAUCGAGUCCGGCCGCCGGAUCCGCUGCAGCAGCGGCGGCGGCACUGCUGUUGCGGACUACAGCUACCUCCAAUACUGUGAUGACCACCUGCAGCACCGUUGGUACCACCGGUUCGACUUCAGCGGCGCCCGGCUACGAACAGUACCAGAAGUCUCUGUUGGAAGUGCCGUGGCCACACGCCGAGUACGGAGAGGCGUCCAGCGACGACCUGAGCUCCGAGUGGGACUCGGAUGUGCCCGAACCACCGCCCAACUCAAAGGUUAAUGACAACACCGUACUUAUACUUACAGUUUAUUAUAUUUCGUGUGGGGACAAAAUCAUAAUUUUUUUGUGGGGUCUCGGCAGAUCAAUCUGGUUAGGUAUUGUGACAGGUAUUACGCAAUUUGAUAAUUAUAGGAAACUAUAAAAAACCGCUAUUCUACAUUUCGCUAUACCGAACACGGUACAUGGUUAUCGUGUGAAAACUAUUUUAUCGAAGAACAUUCA